ACUUAGAAAGGGAGUAAAUAGAUUUUUUUUAUCACAUUCGAAUAAUAAAAAAAAUACCUUUUAUUUAAUGGUGGCAAUAAAUAAGAAGUAACCGUCAAUGUCACUAUGCCAGUAUGCUGUAUGCUACUUGUGUAAACUGCUUAUUUUAGCCGCGAAUUUUGUUUUAUUGUGAACUUUGGAGAGCGUAAAAUAUCACUGAAUAGAUGUUAUAAAAUAUUUUAAAUAAAUAUUUUUUUAUUAAAAUUUAUUGCCUAUAAUGGAGUUUUCAGAAUUAUUAACAAAGUUUUCUCAAAACUCUAAGAAAUCCAUUUGCAUAUUGAGAUUUGAUUCCCCUAUUGGAAAAAUAGUUGCAGCGGGUGAUGAUAACUUCCUAUAUGUUGUAGUUUUUGAAGACUCAAAAAACUUCGAGAAAGAAUUACGUGUUAUUGCUGAUAAUUUAUCAUGUAGUUUUGUAGAAAAAAAAAGUAAGAUUCUAGAGCAGUUCGAGUGUGAAAUCAAAGAUUACUUCGAUGGGAAUUUACGAAAGUUUACAGUUCCUAUAAAAACUUUUGGUACGGAUUUUCAAAAGGAAGUUUGGAAACACCUCCUGGAACUGCCCUAUGGCUCUACGCAGACCUAUGGGUCACUUGCCAAGAAUAUGGGUAGGGCGGCAAGCCAUUCUCGAGCUAUUGGUGCAGCUUGUGGUGCGAAUGCCCACCUUAUAAUAAUACCUUGCCAUCGUUUAGUUGCUUCUGCUACUAAUGGAGGAUUUAGUUGUGGUGUUAAUCGCAAGGAGUGGUUGAUAGAGCAUGAGAAGAAAUUUGUUAAGCUUUGAUCCUUGUUAUUGUUAGAGCAUUCCCUAAAUACCGAGGACACACAUACUUUGCUUAUGUA